UCGCCCAAGUCCCCCCAAAACGGUCUCCGCGCCCGUCCCGGCCCCAUUUGCCCCCGGAUCCCGCGGGGAUGCGGCCCCAGAGAGGUCCCCCCCGCGCCGCUCCGCCCCAGACGGUGAAGCAGCUGCUGAAGGAGCUACGGCAGCAGAAGAGCAGGGAAGGGGCGAGAUCCCCGGUGGGUGACCCCCUCUCCCAGGUGACACCUUCCCUGGGGACACCCCCACUCUCCUCCCUGAACCCCCCGCUCUCCCCUCAGGUUUUGGCUCUGCCCUCCCCGCGCCCCUCGGAUGGUGCUCCCUGGCCCGUUGUCCCCGCAGUGACUCCCGGUCUCUGUGCGGUCCCACAUGUGUCCCAUGGCAGCCCGGGGGGGGCCCAUGGGGGAAGGGCCUCCGCUCCCAGGGGGUUUCAGGCUGCUGCCAUCCCUGGCCCUGCCUGGCCCCAUUCCACAGUGCCGUGGGGAGAAUGUGGGGCCUCCCUGCUGGGAAGGGAGAUCCAAGACCCGUAUCCCGAACCCCAGGAGCUGGCAGCCGCCCGCGCUGCACUGGGGGGCCGAGACCCCCGGGAGCUGCUGCGGCAGGACGAGGAGGGGGACACGCUGCUGCACGUGCUCUGUGCCGGGGGGCAGUGGGCGCUCGCCCGGGCUGCAGCCGAGGCUCUGCGGGACCUGGGGGGACUUGAGGUGCGGGAGCACCUGGGCAAGACUCCACUGCUGGUGGCAGCAGCAGCUGCAGCCCCAGAGAUUGUGCGGGACCUGCUUGUCCUGGGGGCCAAUCCUGAUGCCGCUGACCACAGGGGCCGCACGGCCCUGCACCUGGCCGCAGCCUAUGGGCACCCUGAAAUCCUCCAGGCCAUGAUGUCCUCGGGGGUUCCUGUCAACGUGGAGGCCAGAAAUUUUGAGGGCCAGACCCCUCUGCACUGUGCUGUCCUGGCCCACAAUGCCUCACUGCAUGGAGGGCACAGCCCCGUGGGGGGCUCUGGAGGGGGGUCCCCCACUCCCCAGGACCGAUUCCGCUGUGUUGAGCUGCUCCUGCAGAUGGGGGCAGACAGCAGCAGCCAGGACACCAAAAGCAGCCUGACAGCACUGCACCUGGCCGUGCGGGGAGGCAACUUCGCCCUGGCCCACCUAUUGCUGCGCCAGCCUGGCAUGGCCCCCCGCCUUGUCAACAUGAAGGCCCAUGGGAACACCCCCCUGCACAUGGCAGCAGCACUACCUGGGACCCCCAGCCAGGAGCCCCUUGUGAGGCUGCUCCUGGCCUGGGGUGCCGACCCCAGCGCCCGCAACCUGGAGCACGACCUGCCCCAGAGCCUGCUGCCCCCGGGGGCCCUCGGAGACCAGGUGAGACCCCAGAUCACCCUCACACCCAGCACUAUCCCCUGCACCCCAUUGCGCCCUAAAACUUCCUGCUGAUGCGGGGAAAUGCCUGGAAUUGCUUCUGGAACCCCAAACUCCUACUGCUUUGCCUCAGAUCCCUUCUGCUAUGUCCAAAAGUUCUGCUGCUUUACCCCCAAACCCUGUUGAUUUAUCCCCUCAUUUUCACAACCCCCCCCCAAACCGUGGGGUCCUGUCCCAGGACCUUUGGGUGACAUCCCCAUAGUCUGGGGUAGAACCCCGUGUUUUGGGGACUCCCCUGAACCUUCCCUCUCCCACAGCUCCGCCUCCUCCUGAGGAGCCGCCGGGGGUCCCAUCGCCCCCCACACACCGCCGAGUGACGUCAGAGGGGCGGGGUCUCCCCGGGAUCAGAUGGGGACACACCCCCAUAUUGGGGGAUUUCCCCAUGUUAACUUUUCCUGAUUUCAAUGAAAUUGCCCCCCAAAUUUCUGUGAAAUGAGUCUGAACCACAUUGGUUUGGUGGGGGGAGGAGCACGGAAGGGGUCCAGCUCCCCCCUGCCUUCCCCCCCAGCCUCAUUAAUGGGGGCUGCUAAUGAGGGGCGUCUCCUCUAAAUUGGGGGAUUUGGAUGGAGCAUACCAAAUUGGAGGGGAAACCCAAAACCAGAGAAUUCUGGAAUUAAAUAAAAACUUUCUUAAAAUCUGA